AUCUCUGCAGCUGGGCUGCACCUCAAUGAACCUAAUUGGUGCGCUGUGAGCGACCAUCAUCUAUCCACUGGAUUUCCAUUUUGCCCGGCUCUCAUCCCGAACAUAUGAAUCUGCUCAGACAGACGCUUUUAAGGAGUUGAACAGAUAGGUCGGAGAGAAAAUGGCACAGCGCGUGGUUCUGUUUCUCCUGUGGCUCUGUGACAGAUCAUUCGCAGGAUUCCCUAAUCAGAUUAAUAUCGGGGGGCUGUUCAUGCGGUCCACGGUGCAGGAGCACAGCGCGUUCAGGUUCGCGGUCCAACUCUACAACACCAACCAAAACACCACUGAAAAGCCUUUCCACCUCAACUACAACGUCGACAACCUGGAGUCGUCCAACAGCUUUUCAGUCACCCAUGCGUUUUGCUCCCAGUUUUCCCGCGGAGUGUACGCCAUCUUCGGAUUCUACGACAGGAAGUCCAUGAACACCUUGACCUCCUUCUGUGGCGCCCUGCACACCUCCUUCGUCACGCCCAGUUACCCCACCGAUAACGAGGUGCAGUUUGUCAUCCAGAUGCGCCCCGCCCUCCGGGGGGCCGUCCUCAGCCUGCUCUCUCACUACAAGUGGCAGAAGUUCGUCUACCUCUACGACACGGACCGAGGUUUCUCCAUACUGCAGGCCAUCAUGGAGGCGGCCGUCGCAAACAACUGGCAGGUGACCGCUCGCUCCGUUAGCAGCACAACGGAUGCAGCAGAGUUCAGGCGCAUCAUUGAGGAGAUGGACAGGAGGCAGGAGAAGCGCUAUGUGAUUGACUGCGAGGUGGACCGGAUUAACACCAUAUUAGAAGAGGUUGUGACCCUGGGGAAGAACAGCCGUGGUUACCACUACAUUCUGGCCAAUCUUGGAUUUACGAAUGUGAGCUUGGACAAAGUCUUCGCUGGUGGAGCCAACAUUUCGGGGUUUCAGAUUGUGAACCCUGAUAACCAGAUUGUGCAGCAAUUUAUGCAGCGCUGGGAGCGGCUGGAUGAAAGAGAAUUCCCAGAAGCCAGGAACACUCCUCUAAAGUACACUUCAGCACUGACCCACGACGCCAUCCUGGUGAUAGCGGAGGCAUUCAGAUACUUGCGCCGCCAGCGCGUGGAUGUUUCUCGCCGAGGCAGCGCCGGAGACUGCCUCGCCAAUCCCGCUGUACCUUGGAGCCAAGGCAUCGACAUCGAGAGAGCUCUCAAAACGGUCCAAGUGCAGGGUAUGACUGGGAACAUCCAGUUUGACAACUACGGCCGCAGGACCAACUACACCAUAGAUGUCUAUGAGAUGAAAACAGGAGGGCCAAGGAAGAUCGGGUACUGGAACGAGUACACGCGAUUUGUAAAUAUUAUGGACCCGCAGGUCUCCAACGACUCCUCAGUGGAAAACCGAACGAUUGUGGUCACUACUAUUAUGGAAGCUCCUUAUGUGAUGUACAAGAAAAAUUAUAUGCAUCUGGAGGGGAAUGACAGAUAUGAAGGCUACUGCGUCGAUUUAGCAUCUGAGAUUGCCAAACAUGUUGGAAUUAAGUACAAACUGUCUAUAGUAAUGGAUGGGAAGUACGGAGCCCGAGACCCCGAGACCAAGACGUGGAACGGGAUGGUGGGUGAACUGGUCUAUGGGAGAGCAGAUAUAGCUGUUGCGCCUCUCACCAUUACUCUGGUUCGAGAGGAGGUGAUAGACUUUUCCAAGCCGUUUAUGAGCUUGGGCAUCUCCAUUAUGAUAAAGAAGCCACAAAAGUCCAAGCCCGGUGUUUUCUCCUUCCUGGACCCGCUGGCCUAUGAGAUCUGGAUGUGUAUAGUGUUUGCCUAUAUUGGGGUGAGCGUGGUCCUGUUCCUGGUCAGUCGGUUCAGUCCUUAUGAGUGGAACCUGGAGGAACAGGAUGAGACCAAAGAUCCCCAGACUCCCCCUGAUCCUCCCAAUGACUUUGGCAUCUUCAAUUCCCUCUGGUUCUCACUGGGCGCCUUCAUGCAGCAGGGCUGCGACAUCUCCCCCAGGUCUCUGUCAGGCCGUAUCGUCGGUGGUGUGUGGUGGUUCUUCACCCUCAUCAUCAUCUCCUCCUACACAGCCAACCUGGCUGCCUUCUUGACAGUGGAGAGGAUGGUCUCUCCCAUAGAAAGUGCCGAAGAUCUGGCCAAGCAGACAGAAAUAGCAUAUGGCACUCUGGACUCAGGUUCCACAAAAGAGUUUUUUAGGCGAUCCAAAAUAGCAGUGUAUGAGAAGAUGUGGUCAUACAUGAAAUCCGCUGAGCCCUCAGUGUUUGUUAAGACCACGCCUGACGGCGUAGCCCGGGUACGAAAGUCUAAGGGCAAGUUCGCCUUUCUCCUCGAGUCCACCAUGAACGAGUACAUCGAGCAGCGGAAGCCGUGCGACACCAUGAAAGUGGGCGGGAACCUCGACUCGAAAGGAUACGGUGUGGCGACGCCCAAAGGCUCAGCAUUAAGAAAUGCUGUUAACCUGGCAGUUUUAAAACUGAAUGAGCAAGGCCUCUUGGACAAAUUGAAAAACAAAUGGUGGUACGACAAGGGAGAGUGCGGCAGCGGGGGAGGUGACUCCAAGGACAAGACAAGUGCUCUCAGUCUAAGCAAUGUGGCUGGUGUCUUCUAUAUUCUGGUUGGAGGGCUGGGGCUGGCCAUGAUGGUGGCUCUGAUAGAGUUCUGUUAUAAAUCACGGCAAGAAACCAAACGGCUGAAAUUGGCCAAGAAUGCCCAGAAUUUUAAGCCGGCUCCCCCGACCAACACCCAGAACUUUGCCACAUACAGAGAAGGCUACAACGUGUACGGAACCGAGAGCGUUAAGAUCUAGAGGUUUAGGAAACACUUGCAUUGCCCCUCACAACUGUGACUAAACAUCUACAGUAUCAAAGGACAGGAUCACGAGGGAUUGAGCUCCGUGCCAAAUUCCUUUCGUGUGGACAUGGCACGAUAAUCUGCAAUGACGACACGACUGGACUGGUCGCGCGAAGAGCCGAUGCGGUUCCCUCCUCUCAGUGCCUUAUGGAACUCCAAGUCCAACCAAUGCAACUCAUUCACACUGAUACUGCUUUUUGCUUGAAACUCAAACAAAACAGAAGAAUGGUGCAGUGAUUUGAAAAAAAAAAAAGAAAAAGAAUCUAUAUAUAAAAUACAUUUGACAUGAAACGGUGAAUGAGAGAAUUAAAGCCAUCAUUUGCAACCCUAAGCACAUUUUGAAGUGCCACAUAGAUGACAAAUCUUAUAUGACAAGUGUCUAAUUGGUUUCUUGUAAUCAAUAUGAUCAGAUUACACAUCAUCCUUCUGCUGCCAGAUUUUCACUGGUCAUAUAGGUGUUCAGAUAGGUUUAUUAGAUCGACUCAGUGCACUGUAAGACACUGGUAGACAAUAGCUUUUAUACUGCUGUAAACACUUGUGGUGACCUUGUACUUGUUUCAAGAGACAGACGGAACCUAUUGGAGCGAAAUUCAGCCAUUCAGCCCAAAAUGACGAAGAGUCUCAACUCUAAACUCUGGUGCUGCUGCCACUGUCUUCUGAACGUUCGACAGAGACUCGCGAAGAUGUGAAGAUGACCUGGUUUGGCUUUUUGAUGCACCGCAGAACCAGGUCAUUAUUCGCACUUCCAAUACUGCCAUGAGUGUGUUUUGUAUGACAAACGGAAUAUACAAAAAAAAAAUUUAUUCACGCUUGAUUAAAAGAAGAAGAAAAAAGACAACACCAAAUCAGUUUGAUUCGUAUAGUUUGUAAAAUAUCAAAGGAGCACUGACUCGCAGAGGUUUGCUGCUGAAGUCAUUCAAGUCUUCUGUACAUGACAGUAAAACCAAACAAUAAAGGGGUAAUUCAGCUGUAGAUGAACUGCAAUCCAAUGAAAGGAUAACAGUAAUGGCUUUUGAACUGUAGUAUUUUGGAUUACCGUAACAUUAUUAUUUUUUUUUCCUUAACGAUUGCACAUGAUGAUACAAUGAGCUGUGGUUUGCUUUUAAUUUGACUUCCUUUAGGAGCAUUACAGUGUUUGGUGACUUCACUUAGUAAAUGAAAAAUAUACGAUUACAAGGGAAAACAUAGAUUUGUACAAGUUUAUACCAGGGAGACUCCUGACGCUUAGCACAUUUCCCCCCUAUUGCUGUAAUAAUUUCUCUCUAAACGACUGUGAUUCCAUGGGAUUCAGGGCGUCACAUGCGUGGCCACCUGAACCGAUGGGCAGAUAGUUUUAUAUAUAUAUAUAUAUUAAAAAAAAAGGGAAAAAAAGAUAUGAGGUGAAAAAUAAACUACUUGAGAACUGUGUACAUUUAGAUAAAUGAGACUUAUUUAUAUUCCACGAUGAAAGAUUGGUUCUCCUUUUUAAGAAACUGCAUGUGAAAAAUCAGUGAUGCUUGACGAGCUCUGCUACUCACACACCUCAACCUUAGGUUAACAGUAGAAACCCGUGGCCUGGUUAUUCUUCGGUUAAUCAGUUUCACCCCCUUUUUCGUUUUGUACACCUCACCUUCUGCAAAAAAAAACAACAAAAAAAAAGUAUAAUAAUUAAUAAAUAAAAAAAAUAAAAAAAGCCAGGCAUAGUUGUGGGUACAAAAGAGCAAGCGAUGCAUGCAUAAUUUGCCGAACCUCGUUAAUGAGGUGCUGUACAGAGAAUUUUAAUACAUUUUGUAAAUAAAAUGUACAGAAAGGA